AUGCAAGAAGGUCGGCUGACUGUCCUCGCAGCACAAUCCCGGUGCGACGACUUGGAGGCACUAGGGUACAUGCAGGUGUAUUUCAUGCGUGGGAGACUUCCUUGGCAAGGUCUCAAAGCGAAGUGGGAUGCCCAAUACCUGCUGGUUUUGGAGAAAAAGCAGGCGACCAGUGCCAGCGAAUUCUGUGCGGGCCUACCAACCAAGUUCGUGGACUACUUCGACUAUGUGCAUAAUUUGCCUGAUGAGGAUUCUACUCAUCAGGCUGGAUAG